CCUCGAGCCGGGAAUCGAACUCGGGUCGCCGGAAGUGCGUCUGCACUAUAUGUCGGAGCACUGUCCACCACACCAUCGGCUCAGACCAAAAAGAUAAUUCUAAUUAAAAUUAAAAAUUUUGUUCACAAUUUUGAUGAACAUUUAAUGACCACAUUUUAUGGUAAUCAUUUUAUUAGCAGGAUCUGGUGCUUAAGUCAAUAUUGGCUUUCAUGGAUCUCUGAGUUACACAGGAUUAUAAAUAAGGGAUGUGGCUUUCAGCUUUUUAAAGAGCAGUUGAUAGUUUCCCUUCCUCUUUUUCAGAACCAGUUGUUGGUUAUUUUUAUUCUCUUAUUAGAACCAUCAAAUCACUGAAUUCCUACACCUAAUACUAGCCUGAAUUUCUCCUUCCUAUGAAGUCAUUUUUGUCUUAAAUCGAAAACGAGUUUUAAUUUCAAAAUCAUCAGAAUUGCAAAGGAGGACUUAGUUGUAUUUUUCAACAAGGAUAGGACGGACUUUCUCCUUUGAGUCAGAAUGAAUCGGGCGGAAAAAUUGUUGCUGGAGAACAGGAGCAAUUUUGAGAAAGGAGUGAAAAUCCUGGGGAAGGGAUGUGAGUUUUUAGCAGCCACCGUGGGACAACUGCACCCCAUCCUGGAGGGAGUGUUCAAGGUCUCGGCCGAGCUCCUCGACAACCCGGAGGGUGAAGAGGCCAAGUACCUCACAGAGCAGUUCAAGAAUAUCAACCAGAAACUCGAGGGCAUCCAAAAUGAAAUCGACAAAAUAGGAUUGGAGCAGCAGCGGACGUCCAUGAACAAGCGAAACUUUGACAGGGAGGUGCAGAUUAUCAGCCAGUACGAGAAGUUUCAAGACUUUGUCAAUGCUAAGCCCAAGUUCAUGGAGAAAAAGAAGGAGGAGUUUUUGAGCCAAUACGAGAACACGGAUGCAGAUCUGAACAUUGAUUCCUUGUAUAACGAAGUAAUUGGAGAAAACAUCUCUGGAGAUGCCAUGCUGGACACUGUGGUCACCACUGAGCAGCGGAGCAGAAGUGCAGUGGAAACGUUUUGCACCAGGCUAAAGAAGCUGUUUUUUGUGGGAAUUAUAGCAGUCAUGGGUCAUGCUGCCCUAAAGGAGAGAGCUCUAGACGAAGCCAUGCUCAAGAAAUGGCAGGAUCGCAUGGAAGAGGUUGAUAAACGCAUGAAGGCAGCCGUGGACGAAUGCAUUGAGAAUUUCCCAGAGCAGGCUGAGAUGGAUGUGAAGCAGCAACUUAAGGAGCAUCAAGGCUCCGUUGACAAAGAGUUUGCUGCAUUUAUACUCGACAUCCUUGCCAAGAAAUACGAAUGGGUAUGUUGGUCGGUUCGGGUCUUCAACCACAGUGGCUGGUUCUUCUGGAACUGGCUCGCAGGCAAAACGUACCACGGAAUGGGAGGAAGUGGCAACUUUUUUGAUCUGACCGAAAACGACAUCAGAAUCGUGGUGUCGUUCAAUGCAGACCCGAAACCGAUCAACAAGAACCAGGUGCUGGAACAGAUUAAAACUCAGAAGAUGAAGCGUAACAUGAUGUCUGUGGCUCAGACCCUGUGCAACUCUCUUCCCAACACCGUGGUUUAUACCGUAAGCCGCUAUAAGAACGUAGAGGAGAAAAACAACUUUCAGUCAGAAUGCUACUACUUUGGGAUUCACAAAAAUGCCUAUUUCUGCAUUCAUUCUGAAUAGAUGUGUAAAGACUGGAAACAUACAAAUGGCUAUCAGUCUUCAAUAUAUUUCUGUUAUCAAAAGUAUGAUUGUAUUAAACUGCACAGCAUUAGAUAAGACAAAAAUCCUGGGAAUUCUGGCCAAAACUUUAUUUUGUUGCAUACCUGUAUAACAUGUCUGUGACCAAACAUUAACGCACUCAUCAUAAAUGAUGUAAAAUUAUCA